AUGUCUCAAAGAAUAGGUCUGGAAUUUAGAAGAAAAUUCGGUCAAGUCGAACAAAAACUUGAACAAAAUAAUCGAGUUACUGAAAUAGCAACUAUACAAUAUGAUGAACGUAAUAUUUUAUAAAUAAUCACUAAAGAAUCAUAUAAUCAAAAACCAACUUAUGAAAUUUCUGUGAACUGAUAAUAUAAAAAAAUUAGCUCUAUCCAAAAUAGGUAGUGGCCACGAUCAGCUUAAUUGGGAACGAAUUAGUAUAAUGUUACGGUAUAUUUUUAAAAUUUCGAAAAUCAAAAUAGUGGUUUUCAGUGAUGAGUCUUAUUCAGAAGAAGAUAAGUAUAAAAUUAUCGAGGAAAUCCAUUUGUCUCCAUUAGGAGGUCAUCAAGGAAUUUCUAGAACGAUUAAAUGAAUUAAGUUACACCAUACGUGGAAAGGCCUAAAGAAGAAUGUCAUAGAAUUCAUAAAGUAAUGUACUUCAUGUCAAAUUAAUAAAAGUAGUAACCACACAACCCAACAACCCAUGAUAGUUACAUCUACUGCUACUAAACCUUUCGAGAAAAUCUUACUUGACAUUUUAGGUUCACUUGAAACUUCGACCGAAAAAAAUUCAUACAUUAUCACAAUGCAGGACGAUUAACAAAAUUUUCUGCAGAAGUUCCAUUAGUAAAACAUUCAGCUAACUCAAUAGUGAAAGAAUUUGUUGAAAAUGUUAUCUGUCAACAUGGAAUACCGGAGUCAAUAGUCACGGACCAAGGACAAGAUUUUUUAAGCAAAGUAUUCACA